AUGCCUUACAACAUUGCCAUGGUAUGCGACUUCUUCUACCCGCAACCAGGAGGAGUCGAAAGCCAUAUCUACCAAGUCUCAUCGAAAUUGAUAGACCGCGGCCACAAGGUCAUCAUCAUCACACACGCGUAUCAGGGCCGGACAGGCAUCCACUAUCUUACCAAUGGACUCAAAGUGUACCAUGUUCCGUUCCUGGUCAUCUUCCGAGAGACGACGAUGCCAACAGUGUUCUCCUGCUUUCCCAUCUUUCGGAACAUCUUUGUACGCGAACAAAUCCAAAUCGUCCACGGCCAUGGCAGUCUGAGUAGCUUUUGCCAUGAAGGCAUAUUACACGCCAGGACCAUGGGUCUGAGAACGGUCUUCACGGAUCAUUCGCUUUUUGGCUUCGCUGAUGCGGGCUCAAUUCUUACCAACAAGUUGCUCAAGUUCACGAUGAGCGAUGUCGACCAUGUGAUUUGUGUCAGUCAUACGUGCAAGGAGAAUACUGUUCUACGAGCGUCACUAGACCCUCUGAUGGUCUCUGUCAUCCCCAACGCUGUGGUGGCAGAGAAUUUCCAGCCCUUGCAUUAUCAACCGAAGCCUGAGGAUCAAGCGUACAUGAGACCACGCCACAUGGCAAAGAGACUAGGUCCGAACGAUGAGGUCGUCAUAGUCGUUGUCUCUCGGCUGUUCUACAACAAGGGCACUGAUCUCUUGAUUGCCGUCAUUCCUCGAAUUCUAGCUGUUCAUUCCAAAGUACGCUUCAUUAUUGCCGGCUCUGGUCCGAAAGCGAUUGACUUGGAGCAAAUGCUUGAAAGGAGAGUGCUACAGGACAAAGUGGAGCUCCUAGGCCCAGUGACGCACGAAGGAGUUCGCGAUGUCAUGGUUAGAGGCCAUAUCUACCUUAAUCCAAGUUUAACAGAAGCCUUCGGCACUGUCGUUGUUGAGGCUGCAAGUUGUGGGCUCUACGUCGUGUGCACCCGCGUGGGUGGCAUUCCUGAGGUUCUGCCCGCUCACAUGACCGCUUUUGCGAAACCGGAAGAGGACGACCUUGUUGCAGCAAUGAGUAAGGCCAUCAUGGACCUUCGUGCCGGAAAGGUGCGAACAGAACGUUUUCAUGAUCAGGUCAAGCUCAUGUACUCCUGGGCAGAUGUUGCACAACGCACUGAACGCGUUUAUGACGGGAUCACUGGCGCUAUCAGCGAAGAGGAAUUCUACGGCCAACAUGUGCGAGCAACCUGGAGCGGAGUGCGCGGCAGGACUGGUGUCCACAGCUAUGCAUUGAUCGAUAGGCUGAAGCGAUACUACGGCUGCGGGAUAUGGGCAGGCAAAUUGUUCUGCUUAUGUGCAAUCAUCGACUAUCUCAUUUUCCUGUUCCUGGAAAUAUUGUACCCAAGAUCGAACAUCGACAUAGCAAAAAGUUGGCCUCGCAAGCCAUUCAUCAACGACAAGAAUAAGCCGGUCGAGAACGGCCUGAGGCGUCGGGGGACAGACCUGAUGGAUCGAAGAAAUGGCAGCCUUGUGAUGCGAUAA